AUGAAUUCGGAAUUCCCCAUCACUAAUGGCGGGCGUGGCGAUUUGUGUCCAGUCUACACGUCCUGGACAUAUCGAGAACUUCGCAAAAGAAGGUUACUGAAAGUGAGACUUCACCAAAGGGGAUUUCUUCAAACGUUUACCUGCCUUUCACGUUCCAUCAAAGUUUGUGGAAGAGCUGAAUAUGAAGUGGAGGGAGAAUGUUGUCCCAUGUGUUCCGCUGGAAAAUAUGUGUCCAAGCAUUGUACUGAAUACAGUAGUACAUCAUGUGUAUCAUGCCCUGAUUUAACUUUCAUUGAUACACCCAGUGGUCUGAUUAAUUGCAGGCCUUGUAAAGUGUGUGACCCAAGAGAUGGAUUAAAAAUAGAGAGAGAGUGCACAUCCAUCUCAGACACCAUUUGCGAACCACUUGAAGGACAUUACUGUAUUGAGAAAAUCAAACAUGGCUGUAGGAUGGCUGAAGAACAUUCAAAGUGCAAACCUGGGCAGUACAUCAUACAAAGAGGUACACCAUCUACCGAUACUGUAUGUGGUGACUGUGUUGGUGAAACAUAUUCAAAUGGUUCAUUCUCUUCCUGUCAGCCAUACACACAAUGUCGGUCCAUGGGACUUUGGGAAAGAAGGCCAGGAACACAUUCAUCUGAUGCUGAAUGUGAAGAAAGAAAUAUUGUUCCUCUCGUAAUUGGUCCUUUAAUUGGGCUCAUAGUCCUGGCAAUGUGGGGAGACCUGAAGUCAAGUGAACCUCCGCCCUCCUCCCCUCCCCUCCCCAUCUUCUGGGUGGGAGACCUACCUAGCUCACAAACUAGAAUCAGGGCGCCCACUCCGACAAGGUUAACUGACUCACAGGGCGACAUGAUAUCAUUGACGUGA